AUGGAGCUCGGCGCCGCCAACCCCUUCGACGAAGACCGCCUCAGCGCCCUCCCCGACGACGUUCUGGUCCACAUCCUCCUCCUCCUCGACAAUGCCGCCGCCGCCGGUCGGACCAGCGUCCUGUCCCGCCGCUGGCGCGGCCUCUGGGCGCUCCUCCCGGAGCUCCGCUUCCCCGUCGACUCCGAUCCCCACCUCGUCGCCUCCACGCUCGCCGCCCAUGAAGCUGCGCUCCGCUGCCUCCACGUGGGGACCCUGGACGCCGCCCCCGAGCCCGUGGAGGCGUGGCUCGCCGUCGCCGCGGACCGCCUGUCCGGCCGCCUGGUCUUCCAGAACCGGGUGCCGGGGGCAAACGCCGGUGGCGAUGGCGAGGAAGGGGCCGGGGAAAGAGGCGCCUUCCAGCUGCCCUGCUUCGCGAACGCCACCGCAGUCUCUCUCGACCUAGGGUUUCUUGGCCUUGCCGUGCCGACCGCCGGCGUCUUCGGCCGGCUCAUUGAACUCUCCCUCAGCUGCGUCCGGUUCCAGGGCCCGUGCGAGCUCGGUGACGCCGUGUCCUCGCUGCGGUGCCCCGGCUUGCAGAAGCUCAGAGUCAGCGAGGCCAGUGGGCUGGCCAAUCUCGCCAUCCACUCGGGGUCUCUCCUGGAAAUGUUUCUGGAUCGUCUGGAUGGAUUGCAGCAGCUCACUGUAGUGGCACAGGCACUCAAGAAGUUUUCAUUGCUUAACUGCUUUGUUGAUAGUCGGCCGGUCGCCAACAUUUCAACCAAUCAGCUCAUUUGGCUUCAGUGGUUGGAUGUGUACGAUCCGACCACUGUCAAGCUUGGUAACUUGGCACAACUCCAACAGCUGGUUGGCACAAUUCAUGUAUAUCGUUUACACCACCCCUUGUUCAGUAAUGGUUUUCUGCAGCUCUUGGACCAAUUUCAGGUCAUCCAGAAACUUAAACUCAUGCUUUUCUAUCCCAAGGACAUUGGGAUCUCACAAUAUGUCAUGGAAGACUUGACAAAGCUCCCCCGCCUUACGAUCUUGACCAUCUUUCUUCAACACAACGGACAUACCUUUGCAGCCGCCUUGUUUCAUGUUCUCAGGAUGUGUAGAGAUCUAAGAAAAUUGACACUGUUGCUACAUAAUAGUGACUUAGAGGCAUCAUAUAUGUGCCCAUCUGGCUGUGUUUGUGAUCAACCAACAGACUGGAAGACUGAGGAACUCACUUUGAAUUGCCUCCAAAAAGUAGCCAUUGACAUGGAAGAGGCUGACCAUCAAGUUGCUUUUGUGAAACGACUAUUCACCUGGGCAGUGGUGCUGAAAAAGAUAAAAAUAGCUUUCCAUCUUUCGAUCAGUGAAAGCAAGGUCCUCCGUCCGCAGUGCCAUGGACGGGCCCAAGAGGACCAAGGCCGCGGCGGCCGACGCCUUCCCCAACGACCCCCUUUGGAGAUCCUCUCCCGCCUCCCCGCCAAGCCUCUUUUCCGGUUCAAGUGCGUCUCCAAAGGAUGGUGCCACCUCAUCGCCGAUCGCCUCGGCCGCCGGAAGUUCCCCCAAACCCUAGAGGGUUUCUUCGUCGGCGGCGGCGGUGGCGUGAAUGAUUGGCGUUUCAUCAACCUGUCGGGGAAAUCCGUGCCUCUCGUCGAUGCCUCGUUCUCCUUCCUCACGAAGCUGCCUGGGAUUAAGCAAAUCAACCUCUUGAGCGCCCACAAUGGACUCCUCCUCUUUGAGCACUUAAUUGAUUGCAGAUACGAGUACAUCGUGUGCAGCCCUGCCACUGAACAAUGGAUGCCCGUGCCUGGCCCUGGCGUUCCUCCACACCCGAGAAAGCUCAUGGAAUUUGAUUGUGAGGAUGGUUUGACAAGUGAAGUCAACAGCUUUCUGAUCUUCGACCCGGCUGUCUCCUCGCACUUUCACCUGCUCCAGUUCUGGCACAGCGGUGGCAAUAUCAGCUUAUUGCUAAAUGUGCACAUCUUCUCAUCUGAAACUGGGGUCUGGAGAGAGAGUACUAAAGAAUGGACAAAAUGGGGAGGACUGAUGGAAUUUGACGAAGUACGAUCUAAGUUGGGCUGUGCGGAUGUUAAUGGCAUGCUGCAUGUUCCAGUCUACCCGCGGCACUUACUAUCACAGACAAAGGAUAUUCAGAUGGCUGUGGUGGACAUGCAAGGGAAGAAAAUUAUGGCGAUCGACUGGCCAGGCUUGAAUGAAUUUACUGCUGCUGCUUUUAUUGGUCAAUCCCAAGGACACCUGCAUUGCAUCACUGCGCAUAAAAAACAAGAAGGCCAUCUUGACCACAUCAUUGGACUAUCGAUUUGGGUUCUUGAGGACUAUGAUGCAGCACAGGGCUAUGGACACUGGGUCCUGAAGCAAGGCAUCAGUUGUUGA